AAAAGAGGGAAUAUGGACACCUCAUUUAAUAAAGAAAACUUAAAUUUGUUUAAAUCCGCAAAUAAUGAUCAAUUCAUCACUUCAUACCCCACUAUUAAAGAUCCUCCAAAACAACGUCAAUCUAAAAGAGGCAAAUCACAACAAAAUCCAUCCAUAAAUAACCCCCGGAAGCAUGUCAAGAGCCGCUCCCUCUCCAACAUCACCAAUCUGCAGUCCACAAUUCCACACACCUCCGCUCAAAUCACCAAAAGAGCCCCCAAAUCCCUCUCUGCCAAAUGCCAAUCCUACACCUCAGUCCUCAGCUACAACUUAGAACUCCUCUUGUUCCUAAUUCAUGUCUCCAAGGCCCUCGCUCUAAACUCUGAUUCUCUUAGUUAUCAAAAAGCCAUUCUUUCAGAUAGAAAACACAGCUUGAGUGCAGAUAAAGAUACAGAACAGAAUCAAGCUUACUGGGAUUCAUUAGAGAAAUCAGUGUUACUCAUAGUUAAUAAAUGAUUUGAAGGCAUCAACGAGGAGGAAGGCAAUUAUGAAGAAAACUUAGAAUUUGCUAUUACUGAAGUAAUAAUCAACCUCGAAGACAAAAUCAACACAAAGAAAGAGGAAAUCCAACAUUUGCUAAAAACUCGAAUGAAAAAGCACCCUAAAAAUCUACAUCCUGUAACUAAGGUGCUUCAGAAGACAAACAACAUUCUUAGCAAAUCUCACGAUCUACCCUUCGAGGACUCCAUCUCCCAGUUCCAAAAAUAGCAAAAGCGUUAAAUGGGAGGACCAAAAAAUUGCUAAUAAGACCCAGAGAAUUACCUUCAGAAAGUCUCUAAAUUCAUCAUUUUCUUCUGAUUCUCCACCAAAAUCUCAGACCCAUGGAAGGAUUUAUAAGAACUCUCAGAAAGCAGCUUCACAGAACAGACAUAACAACUUCAUAACACACUCGCUCCUCUCCGACCCUCCAUCCCCUACUUCAGACAUCAACCUCCUUCUCAACCUCAACCAGCCUCCUCCCCAAGAUCCCCUCUUCUUCCAACAAAACUACUUUCUCGACCAAAUACAGCAGCUGAAGGAAAAUUUGGAGGAGAGUGUGAGCGCGUUGAAGGAGAAGAGUAGUGAGUUUGAGAGGUGUAAGAGGUCGUUGAAGAAGUGAAUGACGUGGCUUGGUAAAGGGAUCAGGUUAGUGAAAGAGAAAGAUGCUCAAAUCGCAAUAUCAGAUAAGCAAUUUCAACAAACUCUUACUCAAAUCACUAGACAAAACUUUUAUAUCAGAUUCAAAUGGGCAUUCGGUCUAGCUGAACUUGUUUAUAAACAAAAUCAGAGGAAAGGCAUUGGAGAUAUAAUUACUCAGAACCAUGAAAGAAGGUUGAAAAUAAUAUCUUUCAGGCAGAUACAAAGAAAUGCGCCAAUUCAAAAAGAACUCAGAAGGAUCAAAGCAAUACAAGAUUUUACUCUAAAGCAAAAAUAUUUUGAUUUAUUCAAGUAUUUCUCUAGCAUCACUAGAGAAGAGAGAUACAAUUGGGCUAAAGCUGGAAGAUUCUAUGAAUUCCUUUGCAAGCGUAGAGGACUUUAUGCCAUCAGAGAUUUCUAUGAUAAAAAUUAUGUCCCCCAUGAAGUUGAAGACCAACAAAUGGAGAAAGCUGGCAAACUCCAUCGCUUUAAGUUUAUGCAGAGUAUCUUCCUAAAAUUUUAUGUUGUGAUAAACCAACAGAAAAUUGAGCGACUCAAUGAUCUCAAAGCAGAUAGUUUUUAUACAAAGAAGAGACUUCAAAUGCUGGUCAAGGGGAUUUAUAAUUCUAGAAAAAUAUACAAAGAUUAUCUUAAAGAAUGAGAAGAAGUCAUCAAAUCAAAGUAUCAAGAAAAUCUCAAGAUAAUGGCGUUUAGUGCUCUACUCUGGCAAAGAAACUGAGCUAGAGACCACAAGGUGCAGAUGGAAGGUCUUUUUGAGAAGGAAAAGUUCUUCAGAACCAACAGAUUUUUCAAACUCUGGCAAAAAGCUAUUGAAAACAAGCAAAGAUUAAAAGCUUUAGAGACUCAAUGAGCAGCAAAGCAUGAUUUGGCAAUUCAGAGAAAAUAUUUUAUACAGUAUCUUAAGGCUUACAGGAAGAGAAGACUCCAAAAGAAGAUUUAUUUUGUCCAAUGGAAGACUCAAUGCUGAAAUUUUAGAAAGCAAGAAGGCCGCAUUCUCAAGAUGCAGUCAUUUGAAAUAAGAAGAAGCAAGCAGAUGAAAAAGGAUAUUUUCAGCAUCCUCAAGGCUAUCUACUAUCGUUCAAAAUCCUCUAGACAUUUCAGGGAACAAGAAAGUCUUCGUAGAUGACUCAAAACAGAUCUUGAAGAGAAAUCAAAGCUCAAGAAAAGAGUUAAUGAUCUUAUUCUUGAGAACAAGGAGAAACAGAUUAAGCUCAAAGAGCUUGAGAAAGCAGACAAGCUAAGGCUAGAGGCUAUCUAUAUGCAGGAGAAGAAGCUUAUCAGGGAGGGCAAGAAUAUAUCUAUUCUGAAGGAACAGAACCAUAAGCUGAAUAAGUCCAUCCUCAUGUUGCAAAAACCUAAAGACGAAGAAAUUGAACUAAGAAAUGAGAACGAGAUGCUGAAGCGUAAAUUAGUCAAAUUUGAGAAUCAGCUGCUUAAAGUCCAAACACCAAAAAUGGGUGAAAUUCCUCAAUUAGAGGAAAUAGACAGAUGUUUAUCCAGAGUUUCGAAUAUUUACAGUAAAGCAAGUAUUGAUUCAGAUCGGGAUUACCAGAGUCAAAGGGAUGAGCACCUUGAAAGCUUAGAAAAAGAGUUAGCAAUUAUGAGAGCAAAAGAAAAAGCAUAUUUAGCGACACAAUCAGCAUUUGAACAGAAGAUGCAAAGCUUAGAAGAUAAGUUCAAAACAGAAGCUGAAAAUACGAGAGGGCUCUCUCGAGAUCUUGCUUAUGCUAAUAGACAGAUUGAGAGCCUCAAAAAUGAACUUCUGCAGACUGAACUGGAUGCUACAAAUGCUGAAACAAGGAGCUAUAUUAAUUACUAG